AUGCUCAUUUGUGAAACUAGUGAAGAAACGAAGAAUAACAUAAAAUCGUUCAUGUUUGUUGUGUACAUAUUUGCCGUGGUAUGCACUUUAUAUAUUUACUGUUUCAUCGGCGAGUGUUUUAUUCAGGAGAGUUCUAAUUAUGGUGAUGCCAUUUAUAAUUACGACUGGUAUAACUUACCGGUAACAGAAUCGAAAUUUUUUCUUAUUUGUAUGACACGUACGAAGAAGCCGCAAUUUUUAACAUCUGGCAAAUUUGCGGUCUUGUCCUUGUCCAUUUUCACGGACAUCCUCAAAACUUCAAUGGGAUAUUUAUCGGUACUGCGAACAUUUUUGUGAACAGAACUGAUAUGA